AUGUACAGUAUACAGCCAAUGAAACGGGGGCGCAAACUGUCCCUGAAUCGCGCCCCGCCACCCCCGUCCACCAACACUCAACCGUCCUCCACGCACUCAAAUGCGCCGGACGGCAGUUCUUCGCUUUUCGUCCCGCCCUUUGGCGAGCGCUCGGCCACCCCGCUCGAUCAUGUCCAAGAUGACGCGUCGAGCCGCUUUAAGCUUUUUGAACGCUCAUCCUACGGUUCGGAAGUCAUGCACGAAGCCCCCUCCUCCUCCUCCGGAACCAGUUCCCUCCGCCUCGCCGCCUCGCGAAUGGGCCGCUCUAUCAAAGAUAAGAUUCUUCGACGAGACCCCACUGAUUCUUCGUGGGAAAACAACGCAGAUCAGCCUGACGUCCCCGAAAUCUCCGAGGCAGACUGCAGAAUUGCAGAGUACGCAGCCGCCACAGUCGCUCCGGAGUCUAUUACUAGAAGCCCGGCGCUAGCCUCCGCUGAUGUCGACACUCUCACCAAGCAUAGCUGCGGCGAUUUGGUUCCGAUGGGAGCUGAAAUACCCGAUGGUGUCAAAUGUAACGACGGGUGCAUUUCGCUUGUCGUCCCGGAUGGUUGGGCGGCUAUCAGGAUGCCGGAUUGCUUUUGUUUGUUUACCGAUAUGGCUGUCGGCUAUGUGCGGACAGUGCCGGCUAGCGAGGCCGUAAACGCCCUGGUCGAAACAGACCGCUUGCAGGUUAUGUCGGCGGUUACUGUUACUACGUCGCCUGUGUUUGUAGCCCCGGACUUGAUUCAGGUCGAGUACUCAGCUUCAAAAGGCAUAGGAAGAGGAAUCGUCAAGUUUGCAAACGGCUUUGGUGACGGCGCGUGCAUCGUCGCCCUGUGCGGUCCAGUCGAAAUGAAAGACACGAUUGACCGGACUCUACAGCAUCUUGUACGCACAGUCAUUUUUAUGUCACUGUAUAAUUGCAGGAUCGCAGAUUCUUUCGACACGCCUGCCGGCGAUGAAGAUAUCCUAACGUCCGCCAAUGGAAAUCCUACGGGUGCAGGCCUUUCGGCGCAGUGUCUUUUGCAGUAGGCCGAUAUGGACGGACAGGGACUCCUUUGAGGGUACUUAUUUCAGCAGCUUUAUCCGGCGCAGAAGAAAUACCCGGACACUCAUUCUCUCGCUCGCCUUCUCUUUCGCUGUCCGCUGAUUCAGAGGUGGGACAGGCACCAGUAUUCUCGUAUGAGCCAUUUCGAGUACAGUAUGAUAAGAGGAGAGUGAAAUUCAUGGCGGGUUUAUCCAAUUCAGAACUCAGAACCAAGAAUUGAUUCAGAAUUCGCCUCUGCUCAUACACCACACGUACUUGUCAUCAAAUUCGACAACCGUGUCACUAUCUUCUACUGCUGUAGUCAAGGGCCAAAAGAAUAUAUGCUCGGUUUAGAACGCGCAAGUAGUCCGUUCCACUCCUCGUUCUGUAGGUUUCUGCAAAGCUUCGUAACGUCCCGAUACGAGAUAGAUCAGGCAUUCGGUUUGCAAGCCGUCUGUCAACAGACGACAAAAAUCAAAGGCACACCAGCUCAUUUCUAUUCAAUGUCAAGUCCAGAUUGGAGUCCGCUCAGGUCCGCUAUAGUCGUCUGUGGACACGCAAUUUAUCAUGGAGGUCCAACGCUCAACCCUGCCCACCUGGCCACCACUGAUGAAAAUUGGUCUCUGCUUCCGUUCCAGAAAGGAGAAAGUAAAUACUUCGUGUCCCA